UGAGACAGACCAGAACACAAGGAAGCACUAGAAGCCAGGGCAACUCUGUUCAUAAGCCGAUCAGUUUAGCAUCUUUAUUCACAUGCCGAUUAACUUCAGUAAUGCGGGAGAACCUAAGUCAGCUAUAGAGCCCCCAUGGUGGACGAGCUCAGCGUUGUGUGACCACUGACCUAAGGAGAACUCAUCACAAACAAGCCAGCCCCGAUCAUCUGCCUGUGCCAGUCGCUCAACUGAAUCUAGACAACGAUAUAACAGUUCACUGGCGGAGCAAGUGUAGACCGACACUGAAAAAAAUCCAGCUGCCAUGGUAGCACACAGAAGAGUCCUGCUGCCCCUUGGAUUACUUGGAUCCAUUUUUGUCAUCAUGUUGUCCUUUAAGGGAUGGGACAAGUUAAAGCAGAGUGCAGAGAGGAUGCAUCAGGUGCAGGAACAGAGAAAGCAGCAGUUAAACGAAAUCUGCAGUGAUGACAAAGAGGCAUUGUCUGAGGGGAAGCGCAGUGUAGAUGAUAUGAGUGACAAAGAGCUGGAGAACCUCCUUGUGGAUGACACUCACGGCAUCAUCUACUGUUACAUCCCCAAGGUGGCCUGUACCAACUGGAAGAGGGUGAUGUUUGUACUGAACCAGAGCGAGCCUUAUCCUGAUCCCAUGUCCAUAGAUGAUGACAUUGUCCACCUCCCCAACAAGCUCACUCUUCUAAACAGCUUCCCAAGAACAGAGAUGAAGGCAAAGCUGAAGCACUACACCAAGUUCCUGUUUGUCCGGGACCCAUUUGUCCGCAUCAUCUCCGCUUACAGAAACAAAUUCCACCAACCCAAUGAGCUCUUCUAUCACGACUAUGGCCGAGACAUUCUACAUCUCUAUGGCAACCAGUCUGAUCCACCACAUACAGUGGACGAAGCAUUUACAUUAGGGGUGCGCCCCUCAUUUCAAAACUUUAUUAAAUAUCUUGUGGACCCACAGACAGAGAAGGACCAGCCCUUUGAACCCCACUGGAGGCAGAUGCACCGCCUGUGCCACCCCUGCCACAUACAGUACGAUUUCAUUGGCCAUCAGGAGACUCUUCAUGAGGAGGCUGAACAGCUACUGAAGCUCUUAAUGUUGCAGGAUGACAUUAAGUUCCCCACUUCCUAUGCUAACAUGACUUCCCCUUUUUCUGUGUUGGACUGGUUCAGAACAGUGCCUGUUGAGGACAGGAGGAAUCUGUACAAGCUCUAUGAGAGUGACUUCAGGUUAUUUGGCUACAGAAAGCCAGAUGAAUUGCUUGAUGGGCGAGAAGAAGUCAUGACGACUUCUCAUAGUCGCUAGUAGUCGCUUUAAUCCCUACAAGACUUAUAUAUAUAAUUACAGAUAUAAAAAUUACACUUAAAGAUACAAUUAUGUUAUGAUAAUGAUGGGGAACUUAUAUCAUGAGCAUCUCUCUCUCUCUCUCUCUCUCUCUCUCUCUCUCUCUCUCUCCUUCUCCCUUUCUCUCUCUCUCUCUGCCCCCAUGUAUCUACAUUACAUGUCACUAACU